ACCUUUUCAACAAGUAUAUUUUGGUCUGUUCUGUUGUUAUAUUUGUUCUCGAACGUUUUACACGCUAAACAGUUUUCCAGGAAGUCCGGUUUUGUUGAAUAUGUAAAUAAAAUCAAGUGUUUUCCUUCCAAGUUUACAAAUAUAUAACCAUAUUUCAGUAAAUGAGCAUAAAUUGGAUGAAAACGAGUCGCUACGUUGUGCAUACCAUAUUAUCAUUGGUUGCAGAUUCCUGUCAAUGGUACCAAGACACUUUGAUUUGAAUUGCACCACUUAACUCUCAACUUCCCAAUUACAUGUGAUAAACAAGUUAAUAAAUAUUGUCUUAUUUGUACAAUGACUCAUCUAGAAGCACCAAUAAAUAUGAAAAUUAAGUAUGUUAAGGAGACAGAAGAUUUGAAAGGCAAUCUUCUGAAUACAAAUGACGAUGUCCAUAUCAAACAAGAGCCCUUACAAAUAUUUUUUACGGCAACGCCACAAUUAGACACACAACUUGAAAAUACCUGCAUAAAGGAAGAGGCAGAAGAAUUGAAUGACAAUCUCUUGAACUCUGAUCAGGAUGGCCACAUCAAACAAGAUCCUCUACAAAUAUUUUUUAUGACAACACCACAAGUACAUACAGAGCUUGAAAAUAAAUGCACAAAGAAAGAGAUGGAAGAGUUGGAAAACAUUCCCUUGAAUUCACAUAAAGAUGUCCACAUCAAACAUGAGCACGUACAAAUAUUUUCCAUGACAACGCCACAACUAGAGACACAGCUUGAAAAUAAAUGCAUAAAGGAAGAGACGGAAGAAUUGAAAGACAAUACCUUGAACUCAAAUAAGGAUGUCCACAGUAAACAAGAUUCUAUUAAGGAAGAACACAUCACCGGAGAGCUAAAUCUAUAUGUAGAUCAUGAAAUGACAGAAGAGAUGGCCAUAGGACCUGUGGUGUUACAGCACACUGGUGCAGCUCAAGCAAGCUGUGUGCGGAACACAACUAAUAAGAAUAAAAACAAAGGUCUGUCGAAAGAAGAGACGAAAGGGCUACUUUCAUUGAUUGAGGGGAGCAAAAUAAUAAAUAAUAAAAAAACCAACGCCACCAGUAAUAAAAUGAAGGUUGAAGAAUGGAGUAGAAUUGCAGACAUUUUCAACGCCAGUAUGGGAAUCUGUCGCCGUACUCCACAACAGCUUCGUCUUAAGUGGGAAAACUUAAAGAAAAAUUCACGUAAGCGUACUACUGACAUACGAAUGGCACGGAUCAAGACUGGAGGUGGGCCACGAGGCUACUUUCUACCAGAUGAAAUCCUAGACAGGGUGGCAGCAUUGCUACGUAGUACUGGGGAGGGUCUCAGUGUUGAGUUUGGUGGUGAUGCUGAGCCCCAAUCGUUUGGUGAUAGUGACACUGAUGGGAAAAUAUUUGCAGUGCCAGUUUUGGCUAACACAUCCCCAGUACCAAUGCUGUUGAUUGACAGCCCUUUGCCUGUGGACAAUCCUCCAUCCAUGUCUGCAGAUUGUUUAAGUUACAACAUAGUAACGACUACACCCACUGGCAAUAAAAUGCCAAUUAAUGACACAGGGAAUGGGUUAUUUAAGCCAGGCAAUACUACUACCUUCAAUAAUAAACAACAUUUUAAAUCAAGUGGUGCUAAACGGAAGCUACUAAGGCCAGAUGAUGGGCGUCUUGCUAGAAAUAUGGCUAUGGCAAAAUAUUUUGAUACUAAGAGUAAAGUAUUAGAAACUCAGAAUGAAAAUAUUAAGCUUUUAAAUCAGAAAAUAAUAUUAGACCAGAGGAGCCGCCGGCGAUUUCGUACACACCAAAGAGUUAACGCCAUUAUAUAUCAAUAUAAAAUGUAGAAAUAAUCACAUGAUAUUGAUUUGAAUUUUUUAAAUUUUCAUUUUCAAAUUAAUAAUAUUUUUAGUUGUCAAAGAGGUGUAUUUUAAUUAGUAUUUGUAAAUUACCAACUUAAUAAUUUUUAAAUGAGCAUACCUGUGCUACAUUUGCACUAUCCUGUAAUGUUAUUAUUGUACUACUAUCUACUACUACUAUCUAUAACUAUCAUUAACUGAAUUAUAUUUUUUUUAAUGCGUCAUUGGUGCCUUAUACUAAAUAAAGAAAUAUAUUUGAAUUAAUGCCAAAGACUUAACGACAUUAUAUAUCAAUAUAA